CGCCGCCGUGGCCGCAUAGCCCGAGCAGGCGGCGCCCGGCCGGAAACCUCCUUAGCGGAGCCCCAUGAUGUCAGCUGGCCCGAAGCUGCGGCCGUGCGGCGACGGGGAUGGGGCCGAGGACGCCGCGCGAUCGCCUGCACGCCCCUCGCCCUCCCACGGCGCUGCCGGGCCUGGCCUGGGCCCCGGCUCGCUCGCCCUGUCGCCUGGCAGCCCCACCACCGCAGCGGCCCCCGCGCCCUGGCCCGCGCCGCCCCUAGCGGCCCAGCCGCCCCCAAGCCUGUGGCUCGAGCUCGGGCCCGCCUGCAUGAGGGCGCAGCAAUGCCCGAGCGAGUCGAGCGGGCAGACGAGCGGCGACCUCGGCACUAGCAGCAGCAGCAGCGGAAGCAGUAGCUCCGGGCUGUCUCCGGGCUCGGACUCGGACAGCAGCGGAGUAGUGUGCGGCGGCCGCGGCUGCAGCGGGGGCAUGCGCGGCGCCCUGUCCCGCUCCUGGAGCCUGGAGAGCCUGCGCUCGGCCACCGCGGCUAUCCCUGAUGGAGUUCUGGAAACAGCCCUUCGUGCUGACGAGGCGGGGAGUGAGGAGGACCUGUUUGAGGACAUGCACAGCUCCAGCCACCACUACAGCCACCCUGGAGGGGGUGGUGAGCAGCUGGCCAUCAACGAGCUCAUCAGUGAUGGCAGUGUGGUCUGUGCUGAGGCACUCUGGGACCAUGUCACCAUGGAUGACCAGGAACUGGGCUUCAAAGCUGGGGAUGUCAUCGAAGUAAUGGAUGCCACCAACAGAGAGUGGUGGUGGGGUCGUGUUGCUGAUGGCGAGGGCUGGUUUCCAGCCAGCUUUGUGCGGCUGCGGGUGAACCAGGACGAGCCCGCGGACGAGGAGGCUUUGCGGGCCGGAGACGGAGAGGCGGAGGAUGGAGGGGCCGAGGCGCAGAGCAGCAAGGACCAGAUGCGGACCAACGUCAUCAACGAGAUCCUCAGCACCGAGCGGGACUACAUCAAGCACCUGCGCGACAUCUGCGAGGGCUACAUCAGGCAAUGUCGCAAGCGCGCCGACAUGUUCAGCGAGGAGCAGCUGCGCACCAUCUUCGGGAACAUUGAGGACAUCUACCGGUGCCAGAAGGCGUUUGUGAAGGCACUGGAGCAGAGGUUCAACAGGGAGCGCCCCCACCUGAGCGAACUGGGCGCCUGCUUCCUGGAGCACCAAGCUGACUUCCAGAUCUACUCAGAGUACUGCAACAACCACCCCAAUGCCUGUGUGGAGCUGUCCCGGCUCACCAAGCUCAGCAAGUACGUGUACUUCUUUGAGGCCUGCCGGCUGCUGCAGAAGAUGAUAGACAUCUCACUGGACGGCUUCCUGCUGACACCAGUGCAGAAGAUCUGCAAGUACCCUCUGCAGCUGGCCGAGCUACUCAAAUACACACACCCCCAGCACAGGGAUUUCAAGGACGUGGAAGCAGCAUUACAUGCCAUGAAGAAUGUGGCCCAGCUCAUCAACGAACGGAAACGAAGGCUUGAAAACAUCGACAAGAUUGCUCAGUGGCAGAGCUCCAUAGAGGACUGGGAGGGGGAAGAUCUCCUGGUCAGGAGCUCAGAACUCAUCUACUCGGGGGAGCUGACUCGUGUUACCCAGCCACAAGCUAAGAGCCAGCAGAGGAUGUUUUUUCUCUUUGACCACCAGCUCAUCUACUGCAAGAAGGACCUUCUCCGCCGGGAUGUGCUGUACUAUAAGGGCCGAGUGGAUAUGGAUGGACUGGAGGUGGUGGAUCUGGAGGAUGGAAAAGACAGAGACCUCCACGUGAGUGUCAAGAAUGCUUUCCGGCUGCUCUGCGGCACCACAGGAGAGAGUCACCUGCUGUGUGCCAGGAAGUCUGAGCAGAAACAGCGCUGGCUCAAGGCCUUCGCCAGGGAGAGGGAACAGGUGCGGCUGGACCAGGAGACAGGCUUCUCCAUCACCGAGCUGCAGAGAAAGCAAGCCAUGCUGAAUGCCAGCAAGCAGCAGGCCACUGGGAAGCCCAGAGGUCACGCACACUGGAAGUUACAGGCUGAGUGAGGGACUACUCGGCACCCCAUUCAUGGAUUCUUCCCCACUACUGGUGCACUGAAGACACCAGCUGGAGGGGCAGGGGCCCAUAGCAGUGAGCCUCCCGCCACCCUCUGGACCUCUCUAUGGGGCCUCCUGGGAGCCACAGCUCAGAGCCACCAGCCAGGCCAAUGUGGUCAGAGGACUGGCCACUCUGAACCCUCUUCUCUGGACAUCUGAUCAUCCCUCCUCCUGUUUCCGCUGGACAGGAGACCAUCUGCCUUUUUAGCCCCUGCAAAGUUGGGCUCUGUGCCCCUCUGCCCUCAACUGUCUCUGAGGCCCCCAGUCUCCAGCUGGUGGUGCCAAGCAACUUGCAUCCCUGGAGGGUGGUAGUCAGAAUUCUGUGCACAAAAAUGUCCGGCCCAGAGCCCACUCAUUUUCGCCUUCUAGCCCCUCUAAGACACUCCUGGCUGCUGGACAACCUUCCUCACUUGUGAUGUUUAUAGUGGAAAGAAAACAAAACUAUAGUCACUGCAUACUUCUGUCAAGGUUUGUGAUCAGUCCACGUGUAGCUGUGGGUUGACUCUAGAACCUGAUCGCAUUUUUUUUUUGUUUGUUUGGAUUGUGCUGUUUUUCUAACAAUGGGGAAAAAGAAUUGUUACUAGUGACACAGAAAGAUUGCCUUACCCUAAGUGAGCAUGAAAAGCCAUAAGGACUGAAUUCUGUGGCCCAGCAUCCAGGACUGACCCACCAACCCAGAGGUUGAUAGGCAUGUGAGCUAGAGGGAAGCCCACAUCCCGCUGAGAAAGGUCACCCAUGAGUACAGCCAGGACCUGCC